AUGUUUUUUUAUACCAUUUUCUGUUCACUGUUUUCUUUCCUUUUUAUUGUUUCUUACUUUCUUUUUUACCCACACCUUUCUUUUAUUCUUUCUUUCUUCCUUUUUUCUUCUGUGAAGUUAUCUAUCUAUCUCAAUUUGUACUGUUCUAUCCAUCUAUCAAUCUAUCUCAGUGUACUUCUAUCUAUCUAUCUUCUGUUUAAGCUAUCUAUCUAUCUAUCCAUGUUCUGUUUUAUCUAUCUAUCUAUCUCAUUUGUACUUCUAUCUAUCUAUCUAUCUAUCUAUCUAUCUAUCUACUCGUGUUCUUAUAUAUCUAUCUAUCUAUCUAUCUAUCUAUCUAUCUAUCUAAGUUCUUUCAAAUUAAUCUCUGUUGAUAUCUAUCUCAUCUCUUCAUAUCUAUGUCUAUCCCAGUUUCUUCAUACCUAUCUCAUAAUCUAUCUAUCUAUCUAUCUAUCUCAUAAUCUAUCUAUCUAUCUAUCUAUCUCAGUCUCUUUCUAUCUAUCUAUCUAUCUCAGUCUCUUUCUAUCUAUCUAUCUAUCUCAGUCUCUUUCUAUCUAUCUAUCUAUCUCAGUCUCUUUCUAUCUAUCUCAGUCUCUUUCUAUCUAUCUCAGUCUCUUUCUAUCUAUCUCAGUCUCUUUCUAUCUAUCUCAGUCUCUUUCUAUCUAUCUAUCUCAGUCUCUUUCUAUCUAUCUAUCUCAGUCUCUUUCUAUCUAUCUAUCUCAGUCUCUAUCUAUCUAUCUAUCUAUCUCUCAGUCUCUAUCUAUCUAUCUAUCCAUCUAUCUAUCUAUCAGUCUCUAUCUAUCUAUCUAUCUAUCUAUCUAUCUAUCUAUCUCUCAGUCUCUAUCUAUCUAUCUAUCUCUCAGUCUCUAUCUAUCUCUCAGUCUCUAUCUAUCUCUCAGUCUCUAUCUAUCUCUCAGUCUCUAUCUAUCUCUCAGUCUCUAUCUAUCUCUCAGUCUCUAUCUAUCUCUCAGUCUCUAUCUAUCUAUCUAUCUCUCAGUCUCUAUCUAUCUAUCUAUCUAUCUAUCUCAGUCUCUUUCUAUCUAUCUAUCUCUCUUCUUAUCUAGCGACCUAUCAAAGUAUCUAUCUAUCUGUGUUCUUAUCUAA